ACUUGACUCCAGCACGGUGACUUAAUAGAGCUCGGCUCUGCCAUGAAGUCCGUUGCUCUGUUCCUCUUGGGCAUCAUCUUCCUGGAUCAGUGUGGAGUUCGAGGAACCCUAGUGAUAAGGAAUCAGCGCUGCUCCUGCAUCAGCACCAGCCAAGGCACACUCCACUACAAAUCCCUCAAAGACCUCAAGCAGUUUGCCCCAAGCCCUAACUGCAACAAAACUGAAAUCAUUGCUACACUGAAGAACGGAGACCAAACCUGCCUAGACCCAGAUUCAGCAAGGGUGAAGAAGCUGAUGAAAGAAUGGGAGAAAAAGAUCAGCCAAAAGAAAAAGCAAAAGAGGGGGAAAAACCAUCAAAGGAACAAGAAAACCCGAAAAGCUAAAACACCCCACCGUCCGCAGUCAAAGAAGACUGCAUAAGAGACCACUUUACCAACAAGCGCUCUGCAUCUAAACGGCUUUUAGAUCAUACUGAAACGCCUUCCCUUUAACACACAACUCGUUCACUACAAAGCAUUGUGCGUGAAUUUGAAAUUAUAGCUAAAGCUAGGAAGUCAAGUGUAAAACUCAAGUAGUAAGAAUUUCUAGAGGCGAAAACUGUCUUUGUUCUACGCAGCCAACAAAAUUUCAUCGAGCCCUUGAGCACAGCCGUGAUAUCAAAUCUGGGCAAGUGUCCCACGCACAACAGAUGCCUGGCUUCCACAGCCACACAUGACAAAGCCUCUGGAGUCUUCUGAGGCUUGCAUCACCAAGUUCCAGGCUUGGUGCUGCCGUCUGGCUGCUGGUGAGCUAGACUUUCAGCAGCUGCAUUUGAGUCACCCUUGAGCCCCUGCACAAACUGUGUCUCAGAGAGGUCUGGGGGUUCCACCAGGGUUGGAGACCACCAGGGUUGGCUUCCAGAACCUUCCAUGGAGCUUUUUGAGACCAUGGAAUUUCAUCAUUAAUUCGAUCCCAUGUUCAAGGCUUAUUCCACGUUUGCCUCUUAAAUAAAACUCCCCUAGACAGUUGUGGAUGUAGCUUAGUGGCAGAACACUUGGUGUUUGCACGGACCUGACCCUUGAAAGAACAUUUCCUGGCUUCUCAAAUUCCCUUAAAUCUAUCUCGCUUGCUGCUCAGCGUUUCAUGAGUAAACACGUCACUGUUAUCUAA